CGCGAUUAGAUUAUAGAUUUGGCGAUGAUGACAUCGUAUACAUGCGCUCGAAGUUCGUUAACGCAUUUGUCACACGUUUCAGGACAUGUACAGCGCCGUUCUUGUCGGCCUGUUCAUUGGCCUGUCUGCGACAUGGCCGACCACUGACUCCGCGGCUUUGAACUUCACCAUGACGCCAGCAAGAAACGCUACUCUCGUGACGAUGAGCCCGCCGUUCGGCACCGGACAGAGCUCCUGGCAAGCAAACGGCACCGGCGAAGGCGGUGCAGGCUGGAGCAGUUGGAGCAGCCAGAACGGCAGUGGCGGUUCGGGCUGGGGAUGGGGAGGUAGCAAUAACGGAUGGGGAAAGGCCAAAGACCAUUCGGUCGUACAGCGGUGGGGCAACAGCCAGGGUUCCGGACAAGGCGGAGGUUGGGGAUACGGGAGCGGACAAGGAGGCGGAAAGGGUUCUGGACAUGGUGUAGGAUGGGGUUCUGGAAGUGGACAAGGGUCUGGUUCCGGACAAGGAGGUGGACAAGGGUCUGGUUCCGGACAAGGAGGUGGACAAGGGUCUGGUUCCGGACAAGGCGGAGGCUGGGGAUCUGGGAGCGGACAAGGUGGAAAAGGUUCCGGACAAGGCGGAGGAUGGGGUUCUGGAAGUGGACAAGGGUCUGGUUCCGGACAGGGCGGAGGCUGGGGAUCUGGGAGCGGACAAGGAGGUGGAAAAGGUUCCGGACAAGGCGGAGGAUUGGGUUCUGGAAGUGGACAAGGAGGUGGACAAGGGUCUGGUUCCGGACAAGGCGGAGGCUGGGGAUCUGGAAGUGGACAAGGGUCUGGUUCCGGACAGGGCGGAGGCUGGGGAUCUGGGAGCGGACAAGGAGGUGGAAAAGGUUCCGGACAAGGCGGAGGAUGGGGUUCUGGAAGUGGACAAGGAGGUGGACAAGGGUCUGGCUCCGGACAAGGCGGAGGCUGGGGAUCUGAGAGCGGACAAGGAGGCGGAAAAGGUUCCGGACAAGGCGGAGGAUGGGGUUCUGGAAGUGGACAAGGCGGAGGCUGGGGAUUUGUGAACGGGCAGGGUCGACCAGGUCAAGGAGGAGGAUGCAAAUACCCUCAGUGUGGGCAAGGCAGCGGCCACGGUUCCGGUCAAGGAGGCUGGGGCACUGGGCAGAGUUCUGGUUCCGGACAAGGCGGAGGAUGGGGAUCCGGAGGCGGACAAGGAGGUGGACCAGGUUCUGGUUCCGGUCAAGGCGGAGGAUGGGGAAACGGAGGCGGACAAGGAGGCGGACCAGGUUCUGGUUCCGGUCAAGGCGGAGGAUGGGGCACUGGACAGGGUUCUGGUUCCGGACAAGGCGGAGGAUGGGGAUCCGGAGGCGGACAAGGAGGUGGACAGGGUUCUGGUUCCGGACAAGGCGGAGGAUGGGGAGGCGGACAAGGAGGUGGACAGGGUUCUGGUUCCGGACAAGGUGGAGGAUGGGGAUCCGGAGGCGGACAGGGAGGUGGACAGGGUUCUGGUUCCGGACAAGGCGGAGGAUGGGGAUCCGGAAGCGGACAAGGAUGGGGCCAAGGGUCUGGCAGCGGACAAGGUUCCGGACAGGGUGGAGGAUGGGGAUCUGGCACCGGACAAGGAGGUGGACAAGGCGGAGGAUGGGGGUCUGGAACCGGACAAGGCGGAGGAUGGAGAUCUAGUCACGGUAACAAUCAAGGCGGAGGCUAAAGACAUGGAAGGGGUCAAGGUUCUGGUCCAGACGCAGGAUUGGGAAGCGGGUAGGCCUAUGCUUUGAACAAUAUGUGCAUAAGAAAUAAAAAUGUACUUUACUGCUUGGACAGUUGUGUAAUAGAUUUUUUACAACCCUCGUUAAAUACCCUAUAGACUAUUCGUCUGUCAAACUUGCCAAACGGGAGUCUGUCAAAAGUGCUCUUUGGCGUUUUGUUGGCUUUUCUUUUUUCCACAUACCAAGAGACUCCAUCAGCAGGCCAAAAUAAAUUGGUUUUAUUUCUCAUAGCUGUAUUCUUCAAGAGCAAAACGAACGUGCCAGGGACUUUUAGUCGAACUUUGGGUUCGAAGCACGUCGGAGUGUG